GUUUGCAACAAUAAUUCUCCAUUUACGAAUACUAAACCCAUAUGCAUCAGAAAGCGAUACUUUGGAAGAUGUCGGAACUGUUAACACAACAUUUUCUUUCAGAAAAUCCACAUACAAUGUAUUCUACCAAGCCAAGUUACGUACACAAAGUUGGCGAACAGCCUUUAAAAUACGUCACAAUUGGACAACUUUUAGAGGAAGUGGCCAAAAAUUUCGGCGACAGAAAAGCCAUCAUUUCAGUCCAUCAGGACAAAUUUCUGACAUUCUCUGAACUGUUAGACAAAACUGACAAAGUGGCUGCAAGUUUCAAACUAUUAAAUUUGGAAAAAAAUGACCGCUUGGGAAUUUGGGCCCCAAAUUUACUGGAAUGGUGCAUAACGAUGAUGGCAUGUGCGAGAGCUGGUUUAAUUGCAGUAUGUUUAAAUCCGGUUUAUGAAGCUCCGGAAAUAAAGUACUGUAUUAACAAAACCCAAAUGAAAGCGUUGGUGUGUGGUGAUAAAUUUAAACACCGCGAUUAUUACGAGACUAUGUUGAAUAUAGCUCCAGAACUGCAAAAGUGCGACCCUGGGAAACUUCAAAGUAAAAAAGUACCAUCGCUUAAAACCGUCAUUCGUAUCAGCGACGACUUUAAACGAGGUACUUACACUUUUGACCAAAUUUUGGACAUGGCGACUAGUACCGAAAUCGGAAUUAUACAAAAAUUGCAACUCACUAUUAGUCCUGAUGACGGCUGCAGCCUCCAUUUCACUUCAGAAACCACAGGAAAACCCAAAGCCGCUUUGGCCACCCAUUUCAAAAUGAUUAAUAACGGAUUCUUGAUUGGAAAAAGAAUGGAAUUGGCUGGCAAACAUCACACAAUUUGUGUGCAGGUACCACUUUUUCAUGUGUUUGGUACCGUCGGAAUUAUCAUGGCAGCUUUAAAUUUCGCCAGUACUAUAGUUUUACCAACAGACGGUUACCAACCCGAGAAAAGUCUGGACGCAGUCCAAAACCAGAAGUGCACUGUGAUCACUGGAACGCCUACGAUGUUUCUAGACUUGAUAGAGACUCAAGAAAAACGGAAAGAACCUGUAUCUGUAGAAAAGGCUCUCUUAGGUGGUGCUCCAAGUGCACCACAUUUGUUAGAACAAAUAUUAAAAACCUUAAAUAUGUCCAAAGUUAAUUCUGUCUAUGGACUAACAGAGUGUACAGCGUCGGUAUUCCAGUCAGUACCAAUUGAAAAUUCUCCAUUUCUUGUGUACUACCUACAAGAACAUGUCGAGGCUAAAGUAAUAAACGACAAAGGUGAAAUGGUACCUUUUGGUACUCCCGGUGAACUGUGCAUAAGAGGGUAUUGUAACAUGCAAGGUUACUGGGAAGACGAAGAAAAAACAAACGAAAUGUUAAGCAAAGACGGGUGGCUCAAAACCGGGGAUCAAUUCAUUCUUGAGGAAGACGGUAGCGGAAAAGCGGUCGGAAGACUAAAAGACAUGAUUUUACGAGGCGGAGAAAAUAUUUUUCCCAAAGAAAUCGAAGAGUUGGUGGUCACCCAUCCACUAGUUGUGGAAGUACAAGUAAUAGGUACACCACACAAAAGACUAGGGGAAGAAGUGUGUGUCUGUGUGAGAAUCAAACCCCAGUCACACUUAACACUGGAAGAACUCGCCACUUUCUGCAAAGGAAAGUUGGCCUAUUUCAAAAUACCCACGAAAAUGGAGAUUUUCGAAAAUUUUCCUCGAACCGCAUCGGGGAAAAUUCAGAAAUUUAAGCUCCAAGAAAUGCUUUUGUAGCUGUAUUUUGUGAUUAACACGAGGUGGUAUUUUCUUUAUUGUAACGAAUUAACUAAACAAGUAAAAAGCGUCUAAUACACUA